AUGGCAGAUGGAGUCUGUAAGGUGGAGACGGUGAACCUCUCCGAGGUGAUCACGGAUGCUUUUGCUGGGCUGGAGCAUGUGGUCCAAGUCGGCGCCAAGGAUUUCCUGGAUGCGGGGAACUGGAGUGAGUGGAGCGCCGAGGCGCGGGCGACGCCGGUCACAGACCCAGCCACCGCAGCAAGUGAAGAAACCACUACAGACGCCAGCCUGGAGAGCCUGGCUGAGGAGCCCUCCCAGGCUCCCAACCCUGAGCCCAUCAACCGCAGUGACCCCCUGGAGAAGAUGGCCGUCUUGGUGUCCCUCGGGAUCUUUGCCUUCUUCGUCCUGGCUGCUGUUCUCGUCAUCACCAUCCUCAUCUGGCUCCGAGUGAGGAAACAUGGCAAGGACAAGACCAAACCCCACAACUUCUUGGUUGCUGCCACCCACUUGAAGGCACUGCCGAAGGCCCAGAUCCUGUAGUGAGCCCUGGCCGACCCCGCUCCCUGCACCUGCUUGCCCACGCGUGGGGCUUGAUGCCACUGCUGGCCCCCAAGGACCCCACGCCUCCCGGGUCAUCCCACGGAUGUGGACAAUGCCAGAUCCCCCAGCACCCUGGGGGUGCAGGAUGGACUCUAGGGAGAGGGGCUCUGGUUCCAGGAGCUUUGGGCUGCCCGUGCCUGCAAGGAGUCGGCUGGAGGUACCUCGGACUCAGGGCGAUGGGCCAGCCCCACCGCCAGCGCUGCUGAACACAUGGGGAUAAGAUGCUGAGCCAGCCCCACUUCACUGCCUAGUGUUGAGGGGGACCAUGGGUGCAGGCUCCUAGGGGUGCCGGGCAUCAGUGAGUAGGGGGUGCUGAGCCCUGCCCGUCACCCCCACCAGCCACCAGCAGGCAGAAGGGACCCCCCCCCCCAUCCCUCUGCCCCCCUCCCCCGUGCUGUGGCUGGAUGGAGCAGUGAUGCCAAUAAAGGGGGUAGCGUUGGCACU